AACAGAUGAACAUAUCAAUCUUGAGCUUGUUGGGCUCUUUGAGCACAGCGCGUCUGCCGAUGGUGAACCAGCGCUUGUGCUCGUGUAUUCCCGCCCUUCUGUUUGCCACCCUCCUUCUCUUUUUAUCUUCUGCACAUGCCUACCGCGAGAAUUAUACGUGCCAUUUCGCACCUUCCAUCCCUGAAGAUCGUCGUCCAAGUCCUUAUCGACUUCGUAUAGUCCAGUUCAACGUGGAAUUUUUCUUCCUCGAUCAAAGUGAAGGAGGUUUAGUAUGUCCGGGACCUGAUUGUCCUUGGCCAGACGCGGAAACUGCGCAUGCUCAUGCACUUCGGAUAGCCAACGUUUUGAAAGAAUUGCGACCUGACAUUGUGAAUUUGUGCGAAGUGGAAGGAUGUGACGAGAUAAACUGGUUGGCGACGAGGUUGAAUGAAGAGGCCUCCGAGCGCGUGCAGGAAGAAGCAGGACCAGACACGCCGACUCAAGCCUUUGGCUACAAUUAUUUCCUGCUGAAAGGCCAGGACACUUUUACGGGUCAAAACACUGCCCUUCUCACCCGUAUCGAUCCCUCCACGGACCUUGAUCGAAGCACCGACAGGGUUCCAUACCCUCUGCCUGGAUCCCAGUGUGGUUGGGAGACAAGGAGAGCCAGCGCCUGGGCGGGGGGAAAUUUCCGGCAGCAAUUUGGAGACCGAACCAACGGGCACAUUGGAGGGUCGGCCGAUGGACAGGCGGGGGUUUCCAAGCAUUAUUUCACGACCUUCCACCUGCAAGAGGUGGGCGUGAAAAUCGCCAUAGUGGGGAUCCAUCUGUUGGCCCGGCCCAUAGACCCAGAGCGAUGCGCGGAGCGGGAGGCCCAAGCCACGGUGUUGCGGGGUGUGGUCGACGGCUUUAUUGCCGAGGGUUACGAGGUUGUCGUCCUCGGUGACUUUAAUGACUUUGAUGGCUCGGUGCCGGACAUCAACAACAACUUGCCCACGUCCCGCGUGAUGGAAAUUCUGAAGGGAACGGAUCUUUUUCCCACCGCCACUUUUCUGCCUCAAGCAGAGCGUUACACCGAUUGGUGGGACCGAAAUGGAAAUUGUCAGGUGGACGCUCCGGAGGAGCUGGAUAUGAUCGACCACGUCCUGCUCACAAAAGGCCUGCAGGAGCGUGUCAUUGCCGUGUACGUCUACCAUGCGUAUGACGAGUAUUGUGGCACCUUAGAUAGCGACCAUUACCCGGUGGUGAUUGAUUUGGAGUGGGAAGGGGUCAAGAAGGAGUGGUUGGACGACUUGGAAACGGAAGGGUCAAGCAAAAUGGCGUAAAAUUAUCUGUAGAUGGUCAAGUUCUGUAAAGGGUGCGAUGAAACAGAAAGAUGGAGACAAGUCCCCAAAAAUCGAUAGGCACGUAGAUUGUACAUAGAAAGAUGAGUACGCCUGUGAAGGUGAAAAUGGAUGACGUCAUGACUGAAUGGCAGUGGAUAGCUGGAGAAAUCGACGUUCCUUGGGGGACCGGAGCUUGUGUCAGUACGACUUGAGCAAAGUAAAGAGCACGAGCAAUCAGAAAGCGGAGGAGCGGAUGAUCAUCUUGAUGCGAAUGGCAAGCGCUUGAUCUUAUUUUGCCGUGUAACCUUUGACACGAAUAUAAGGAUGACAUGAUGAUGACAAUUAAGGAACAGGAG